AUGGCCGACCCCUUUGCCGUCAUCGAAGCGGCUCAGACCUGUAUCCAGGUUGGAAAAAAGGUCUACAAGUUCUGUCAGAAUUACCACAACGCCUCCGAUAACCUUUAUGGCGUGACUGUGAGACUUCGGUCGGUCAUCAUGCAAAUCGAGACCUUGGGCAACGCACUUCUCGACGCCCGCAACAGUCCUGCCAAAAUGGAAGAGGUUCGAGGACAAGCAGAGAUGCUUUUUCCAGGUCUGGAAGACUAUAACCAGCAAAUACGAGGACCUGGAAGACCAGCUCGGCCCUUAUGA